AUAAAAAAAUACUUAAAUUUAUAUAUAUAGCAGGUGCUUGUAAGUUUUUAGGCGAUGAGAGUAUAGUACAAGGGUACUACCCUCGCAUUUAUUCUAAACCCACCCACCAACUCUCAACACAUGAUAUUCUUCUUUAUCACCCUGGAUAUAUAUUAUCAUCAUUGUCAACUCACACGCUACCUAGCUUAUCAUCAUCCAAUCGAAAGGCCAUACUUCCCCCAACCAAAUCAACAAAACUCCCAUCUCAUCUUCUCCCCAAAACCUAAAUAAAUCUUCAAAGCAAGAAAAAAUGAUGCACAUGACCUUUUAUUGGGGUAAAAAAGUUACCCUACUAUUCGAUUUCUGGCGAACGGAUUCAUGGACUAGCUACGCAAUCGCUUUGCUCGCUUGUUUUAUCUUCUCCUUGUUUUAUCAAUACAUGGAAGAUCGUCGUCAGCGAUUCAGAAUCCUCUCUAUAAAUUCCAAGAGGAAUUACUCUCAGCCUCCGCCUCCGCCUCCCCCCGCUGUCAAUGCUCCCCUUCUUUACACCUUCCCGUCGGUUGGCGGUAAGUGGAGUUCGGCCAGAUUUGCUACGGCGAUUCUAUUUGGAGUCAAUUCUGCAAUUGGAUAUAUGCUUAUGCUGGCUGUUAUGUCGUUUAAUGGCGGAGUUUUUAUCGCGGUUGUUGUGGGUUUGGGGAUCGGGUAUUUGUUCUUUAGGAACGGUGAUGAAAAUGAUGUCGUCGUUGAUAAUCCGUGUGCCUGUGCUUGAUGUUGAUUAAUGGAUUUGGUUGUUGUUUUUAAUAGUGAAAAUUGAUAGUGGAAGUGUUUUUUUUUUUCUUUCCUUUUUUUUUUUUGGGUUUUAGGUUGUAUUAGAUCUAUGGUAAUGUUUUAUGUUUACUUUUGUUGUUGUACUUCUGGAUCUCAAUAUAAUUUUACCCUUUUUGUCUUUGAGGUAGAGGUGUGUGGUCUGCACGCAUACACUCUAAUACACUGGGUAUAUUGUUGUUGUAAUACUAUAAUUUUGCAUCUGUUUCUCAUUAUUUUUGUUGAAGGAAAAUUAAUUUUUUUUUUUUUUUA